AUGCCUUAUGGACCAUUUGGCAAUGUCACGGGGGACCUUGCUGUAAUUCCUAACUUGGGAUGUGGUCAUGUUGACUUCCCAGCUGAUGUCACCGGUAAGCUCGCCGUGAUUUCCCCGGGGACCUGCACUUUUAGUGACAAGUCCACUCUGGCCGGAGCAUCUAAUGCUGCUGUCGCCAUCAUCUAUAACAACGUUGACGGGAAUUUGAGCGGUACCCUUGGUUCUCCGACCAACUCUCUUGGCCCUUAUGUUCCUACUGUUGGAAUUAGCAAGGCUGCCGGUGACGCCUUGGUCGCCAAACUUGCUGGCGCAUCUAUCACUGGCGCACUUUCAGUGAAUACCCAAUCAGAGAACGUAAAGACCGAUGGAACUUUUGGUGGCGGGGUCAAUGACCCUGAUUAUCCGGGACGGCGGACCAAGGGCAGCGGCCAAGGACUCAACGUGCAGCAACUCGACCCUGCCAUUCCGGCCUAG